GCUUCAGAUUUUUUGGGUUCUUCAAUUUUUUUAUUUUAUUUUAUUUAUUAAUAUUAACCCAGCUGAUUCGAUUUCUGUACUCCAAUGGCGUCAAAAGCUUUAAUUUUUGCUGUGGGUUACUUCUUCUACUUGUUCUCAUACGCCGCCGUUUUAGCUAACGGCGGCGGUGGAAUUCAAACCCUCGCCGAAGAAGCAAACUCCACCGCCACCGCCAUGGAAAUGCCCACCUUCAACGGCGCCGUUUCGGAUUGCACCUUCUCAAACUCAGGCCCAAUCAAAUUCGACGGAAAUCCCAAAGUUAAACCUAAUUUAGUCCUCAAUUUGAAGCACCGAUCCGCCGGAAAACAAAUCAACCCAUCGGAUUCCGUCGCACAAUCCACCGCAAAGGACCUCUCCAGAAUCCACACACUCCAAUCAAGGAUACUCAACAAGAAGGUCAACAACAAACCCACCGCCGAUCACCGGAACCCCGCCGCCGCCGCGCCGGAAAAUUCCACCUCCGGCGAAUUCUCCGGCCAGCUCAUGGCCACGCUGGAGUCCGGCGUUAGCCUCGGCUCCGGCGAGUACUUCAUGGAUGUAUUCAUCGGUACACCGCCGAAGCACUUCUCGUUGAUCCUCGACACCGGCAGCGAUCUGAACUGGAUACAAUGCCUCCCUUGCCACGACUGCUUCGAGCAAAGCGGGCCCCACUAUAACCCGGAGAAAUCGAAUUCUUACAAGAACAUAACGUGCAGCGACCCCCGCUGCCACCUCGUCUCGCCCCCCUCGCCCCCGGCACUCCCCUGCAAAACCAUAGACCAAACGUGCCCUUACUACUACUGGUACGGCGACAGCUCGAACACCACCGGAGAUUUCGCGCUCGAAACCUUCACCGUCAAUCUAACGAACCCUAGUAACGGCAAGCCCGAAUUCAAGAAAGUCGAGAACGUAAUGUUCGGAUGCGGACACUGGAAUCGAGGCUUGUUCCACGGUGCGUCGGGAUUGUUAGGACUAGGUCGAGGCCCUCUGUCUUUUUCGUCGCAGCUGCAAUCUUUAUACGGCCACUCGUUCUCGUAUUGCCUAGUCGAUCGAAAUAGCAACUCUAGUGUUACUAGCAAGUUGAUCUUCGGAGAGGAUGAAAAAUUACUAAAACACCCUUUCUUGAAUUUCACUACAUUGAUAGUCGGAAAAGAAGAGAGUGCUCCGGUGGAUACGUUCUACUACGUGCAGAUAAAAUCGAUUCUUGUCGGAGGUGAGGUGAUGAACAUUCCGGAAGAGACGUGGGUUUUGUCUUCGGAAGGUUCCGGAGGGACUAUAGUGGACUCGGGAACCACGCUUAGCUACUUUGCGGACCCCGCGUAUAAAAUUAUUAAGGAGGGGUUUUUGAGGAAGGUUAAAGGGUAUCCGAUCGUAGAGGAUUUCCCGAUUCUUGAUCCUUGUUAUAAUGUGUCCGGUGUGGUGGGGGACUUGGAGUUGCCCUCGUUCGGGAUUGUGUUCGGAGAUGGGGCCGUGUGGAAUUUUCCGGUGGAUAAUUAUUUUAUCAAAUUGGAGCCGGAUGAUGUGGUGUGUUUGGCUAUGCUCGGUACGCCUAGGUCGGGUUUGUCGAUUAUCGGGAAUUAUCAGCAGCAGAAUUUUCAUAUCAUGUACGAUACGAAAAGGUCGAGGCUCGGUUUUGCACCUACAAAGUGUGCUGAUAUGUAGUGUUUUUCUCUUUUUUUUUUUUUGAAUUAGUGUAUAGAUUUUUUUUUGGAUGAGUUUAUUGUGUUUAGUUACCCUUGUGUUGUAUCUAAUUGCUAAAAAGCUCUUGUGUGUUAUUAAUAUUAGCAAAAGACCCUUUAUAAUGCAGUUUCUGCAGCAUACAGCCCCUGAACAAUGAGUUUUUAGGGGUAAUUUGCUACAAAAAUUGAAUUAUAGGAGGUUUUUUGGCUAAUAAAGGUAAUAUGGGGAGUUUUUUAACAAGUAGAGAAAAUGCAGGGGUGGCGAAUGCAAUAAACCUCUUUUUUCUGAAUGUUUGGUGGGAAACUGUAAAGAACAUGGGAUACUUGAACACAGUUUAUUUAGUAGAGGUAAAGGAUUAUAAUUUAUAAAACAAGAAAAAUUACAUUCA